AUGGCUAUGAAUAGCCACAAUAGCACACAAAUUGCAAGCAAUGAGCUUGAGUGCAUGAUGCAGCUAGCAGAGCUGUAUAGAGGAGGAAUGAAAAUGGAUGAGGCAGUCCUGGCUGUGAGGCACAGUGCACCUGCCUGCAAGCACUAUUUGGAAGAUGUUGCAUACUUCUGCAAGAUGUACAGUGGUGGAGACUCCUUUCCAUUGCUGAAGUGUUUGGACACCCAUUGCAAAAACCAUGGCCACUCCUUGAUGCUGGGUGAGGAAAUGAUGAAUCACUUGGCCAUGUAUGACUUCAGGCUACCAGUACAAUCCAUGGCUCUGACAAGGAUUGGCCUUGCAGCUGUGAUGCUCAUUUCCAGAAAGCAUGCUGAUGGCUUCUCAAGGCUCCUUUUCAAGAGUGACUUUGACAAGCUCAAAGGCAAGGAUACCACCAGAAAAUUGGAUGAAAUGUUUUUUACUCUUUGGAAGCAAGCAUUGGGGGCAGGGGUGGCACCUGAUGUGGGCUACAUUUGCUGGGGGAAUGCAGCUGUCAGGAUGGUCUUGCAUAUCUUGAACAAAGAAAAGGUUGCCAAACAAGAGGUUUACAAGUCCUUUGGGGAGAUUGUUGAGCUGUUCUCACAGGAGCUGAAUGGCAGUGUGAGGGUGACCACACACAGUGAACCUGCAGGGGGGUCAGCUUCUGCAGGCUCAGCUGUCAAAGACCUCCUCAAUUGCUCCAGCCAAGAGGUUGCCUUGUUUCAAAAUGCUCACAUUCGCAUUGGAGACAAGUACACACACCAUGACUACCCAGACCAAAUCUUUAUCCUGAAAGCUGUGGAUGACAAGAAGGCAACCUUUCAGCAUGUGCCCUUAUUUGCUGAUGCUUUGGUGGUUACUGAAGAGCUGACAUCAUUGAAGAAGCGGAGGGCAACAAAGAAAGAGCCCACUGCACUUUGCCCAGCAAAGCUCACCACAGACAGGCUACCACACAACCUUGAGAUGGUGCAGAAGGAGGUUGACAAGGUUCAGGCCACUGCACUGCUCAUGGAGGCCUAUAUGAACAACAAAGUUGGUGAUGGUGUGCUGGCUUUUGUUAGCAAUCCUUCCAAUUUGGCUGUGCUCAAGAAGGUCAAGAAGAAGGAGAUCAAACUUUUCCCCAUGGGCACCUGCUCACUUGUGCCAGUCAAAGACCAAACAAAGAUCUUGGAGAAGGCAAAGCAUUGUGUGGCAUGGUACAAGACAAAGCCUUACCAGAUACAACCAUUCAAGAGCUUCAACAAUUUUGCAAAGCCAGAAGAGACAGGAACCUUGUGUCCCUACUAUUGGGUCAGGAGUUCUGGUGAUGAUGAGGAGAUCAGUUUGAAAAUGGCAUGGGUGGAGUACAGGGGAUUGCACAUCCCUAUUUUGGAGAAUGAAGAGCCCAUCGAACCAAAAACAUUGCUGCUCAAGAGUUCUGACCCAGAUGAGGUCUUUGGCAAAGGCCCUUCUGCCAAGAAGGCCAAGACUGCUUAG